CAAUCCCAGCCUAGCCGAGCCUAAUCCAAUCUUGAUUUCACGUGUUUUGUGCUUGUCGUCUUGUUAGCCAUUUACGACUGUUUCAUCGCGUCUUUUCCUGUGCGGUUUCUUUUGAUCAUGCCAUUUUUCAUACGGAACAAGAAGUCAAAAGGCUCAUCAUCACUUGGAAAGAGUAAAGACAAGAAAAGAAAAGCACAGCAUUCCGUGAACGGGCCAAGCAAAAAGAAGGGGAAGGCGAAAAAUGGAGGAGAAGUGGAAGACAUUCCUUCGAGUGACUCUGAUAUAGAGAAAGAUGUUGUUCUUACUCAACACGUCUCGGAUGACGAAGACCUUGAGACGGAGCAAGAGAAGAAAAUACGACUGGCAAAGAAAUACUUGGAGGAAAUCGAGAAGCAAGAGAAAGAGAAGCUCGAAGCUGAAGAGAUAGACAAAGCUGCCAUCUCGCAUCGACUGCGAGAUGACUUGCUGGAACAGAGUGGCAGAUUGCAGAAGAAGUUUGCCCACAAAAUAACAGAAGUAGAUAGCAGCUCCAUAUUGUACCUAAAAAAGCACAAGCGUCCAGUUACGUGUGCAGUCAUCUCCCACGACGAAAAAUUUGUAUUCAGUGGAUCCAAAGACUGCUGCCUCAUAAAAUGGUGUGCGGAGACAGGAAAGAGACUCAAAACAGUCAACGGCGGAAUCAAGGGCGCGGAAGAAACUCACGUAGGGCACACGGAUCACGUGAUGGGGCUCGCCAUCUCUUCGGACGGAAAGUUCUUGGCUUCAGGUUGUCAGAGCAAACUUAUCCACGUGUGGAACCCAGAGACGAUGGAGAGGAUACACGUCUUUAAGGGGCAUAGGGGACCCGUCACGGGUGUGGCGUUCCGUUACGGGACCCACGAGUUGUUCAGCUGCUCGGCCGAUCGCUCUGUCAAGAUCUGGAACCUGGACGAGAUGGCCUACGUGGAAACACUCUUUGGCCAUCAAGACGCAGUGACCGGCAUCGACAGCUACACGAGAGACAGGGCGUUGACAUCUGGGGGUCGAGACAACACGCUCCGCAUCUGGAAAGUGGUGGAAGAAUCGCAGCUCAUCUUCCAAAGUCAUAACUGCUCCAUCGACUGCGUUGCGAUGAUCAACGAGCUGCACUUUGUUUCUGGUGCAGACGACGGCUCUCUGUCCUUGUGGACCGCAAUGAAAAAGAAGCCAACGUGUGUUGUGAAGGAGGCCCAUGGCCGGGACAACGACCAGCCUUACUGGAUCGUAUCGGUAGCGGCACUGCGCUGCACGGACUUUGUUGCUUCGGGAUCCUGGAGUGGUGAAAUCAAACUGUGGAAGUGCGGUGAGGAGUACAAGUCAUUGCAUCACAUCUUUUCCGUUCCGAUGCCGGGCUUUGUGAAUACACUGCAAGUGAGCAACUCGGGAACGCGACUGGUGGCCAGCAUAGGUCAAGAGCACCGACUGGGACGGUGGUGGCGCGUCAAGACGACACCCAACUGUGUGACUGUGGUCCCAAUAAAGCUCUCUGAAAAGCCUUAG